CCCUAACUGCUGACUGACGUGGAUCAAAAAAAUGGCAAGCAAUAACAAAGUGCUGUGGUGGUAAUAUUUUAACAAUUUUAAUUGAAAUUUCUUCUUUUUUAACAUCUAGGGUCCAUCCAUUAUAAAAGGUUGUUGUCGUAUAUAGUGUGCAUUUACAAUUUAUCGUUUUAAUGUCCGCGGAGGAUAAUUUACAAUGUCAGAAAGUGCAAACAUCGACAACAGUCCUGGAGUGGACGAAAAGGUUGAUGUGUCCGACACAAAUAUAGCAGCGCCAAGUGAAGUGUCCAAUAUUGCAGGCAGUGUUAAACAACACAAGCCUACCACAACGGCAGAAAGACAAAUAAAAGUUGAAAGGGCACAGAAGUGUCUAGAGAAUGCUGCUCUUGUGUCCAAAAGAAUUAAAGAGCACAGAAAAGCUACUGCUGAACUAUUGGGACGUCCUUUUGAGGAAGAUGUUGGCGAUACAGCUUCAGAAUUGGCAUCCACCAUGAGUGAGAAAACUGGCUAUUCUGUUGCAACUGAUACUUCCACCACGCUGUCUGUUCAAGAUGCACUUAACAUACCUGGCAUUAGUGAAAGCUUGGCAAAUACUUUGAAACAAAAGGAACUUCUUAUGGAAAGGAUCAAACAAUAUAAAGAGAUAAGUAAAAGACCAAUGAAAAAAGCAAUACAACCACCUAAAAAGAGUUCAGUUAGUGAAACAAUUGAAAUUAAAAAGCCCUCAGAUAAUGCUGAUAUAUCAAAACUUAUGAACUUGGUCAAAGAAAAAGAUAACAAUGUUAGUGCUAUGGAAAUAAAAAUAAAAGACAUGGAAACAACCAUAUUAGAUUUACAAGAGAAAAUACAAGAAAAAGACCAAAUUAUAGAAGCUAAAAAUAGAGCUACAGCUUUAAUGUCAGAAAACCUUAAUAAAAAAGAAAAAGAAUCUAUGGAAUUACUUGAAGAUACAAAGCAACAGAUGACUAUUAUGCAAACAAAUUUUUGUACCAUGGAAACAGAAUGGAGAGAAGAAAAACAAAAGUUAUUGACAGAAAUCACAGAAAAAAAUGCAAAGAUAAAACAUCUUCAGGAAGCUAACACAGUUCUUGAAAAUUCCCAAACUGAAAUAAGUGUUGCUCAUUCGAAAUUGUUGCAAGAAAUAGAACUUAAAUCAAAAGAGGUAGAAGAAUUACAUGAAAGAAUCAGACUUCUAUCAGUAAAUAAGGAUGAGAUAAAAGAAACUCAUAAGGAAGUUGAAGAAGAAAAAGGAUCAUUGGAAAUAAAUAAUAUGGAAGAACUAACUAAAAAGAUUGAAUUAUUAGAACAUAUUAAUUAUGAAAUUAGACAGACUAACAAGGAUUUGGAAAGUCAAUUAGUUGCUCUGAAUGUUGAAACUAAAACAAAUAUUUCUCCAAGUAAAAAGGUCAGUCCACUUCCAAGUAGGAAAGGCAGCAGAAACACAGCAUCAAAGAUGAAGUCUCCCUGGAGUAAGUUAUCGUCUGAAUCACUACAACAGGAAACUGACAAAAAAAGCAAAGUUGAAAAAUCUAAACAGGACAUUGUUCUUCAGUCAUUAAACAAAGACAUAUUGGAAAAAGAAUAUGUAAUAUCACAGAAAGACAGCUUGAUAUCUGAACUACAAGCAGUUAAUUUAAAAAAUGAAACAAUUAUAAGUGAAUUGCUAGAGAGACAAAAAGAAUCUGUAAUUACGGUUGAUGCUGGUACUGAAACUGACUUACACAAGUCAAUAAAAACUGAUGUAGCUGAAAGUAGUACAGAAGAUGUGACAGAUUUAGACGAGAAAUUAAAAAUUGCACAAGAACAAAUUGCAGCACUCAACGAAGAGCUUGAAAUAGCAAACAAAAAUAUGAUAAAAGUAAAAUCUAGUUCUAAGUUGAAACUAAAACAAAUGCAGAAGACCAUUGAGAAUUUCAGUAAAGUGUCAGAUGUGCAUGCUGAAAUAGUUAAAUUAAAUGAAGAACUUCACCAGCUUACUCAAAAGGUAGCAGAAUUGGAAGAAGAAAAAGGUAAUCUACAAUUACAUCUUGUGGAUUAUGACAGUGGACGAUUAACAGAAACAGAAAUUUAUAAGAAAAUGAUUGAAAUGGAAAACUUAGCUGAAGCAAGGCUGAAAUCCAUAAGCUUACUGGAAACACAGAAAUUUGAUCUAGUUCAAGAGCUACAUAGCCUUCAACAAAGCAAUUUGGAAUUGGAAGACAAGUUAGCUGAUGUAUACCAACUACAAAAUGAACAAGUUUGUUCUGAGAUGAAAUCGGUUCAAUUAGAAGAACAAAUAGAUGAGCUAAAUGCAUCAAAAAAAGAAUUGGAAUUAAUAGUAGAUAAUCUAAAACUUGAUAAAGAACAGUUAAAUGGCACUAUUAAAGUUCUUCAAAAUGAAAAAGAGGAGUUAAUCCAAAAGUUAGACAACUACAUUCAAGAAAAUAUAGAACUCACAGAUAAGUUAGAAAAACUAAGUGCUGAAAAAGUUAGUUCCGCUGAGUCUAUAGAAAUGGUAGAAUCCUUGACAACUCAGGAAAAAUUAGAGCUUGAAGAAUAUAAUAAGGGCCUUGAUGGUGAAAAGAAAGUUGAUGAAAAUAAUUCUGGUAGUCAAGAAUACAAAACAUCAAGUGAACAGCUAUUAGAGGAAACUCUGGAACUAAAAACGAAAAUAGAUUUGUUUACCUCUGAACGAAAAGAAGUAAUGGAAAAGAUGAAUAAAUUGUCGCUGGAAAACGAAUCAUUAAAUAAAAACAUUAUUGAGUUACAAGAAAAUUGUAAUGAUUUGAGAAAUAAAAUUGAUUUGCUUAAUGAAGAAAAAGUUAAACUUCUUUCUCUAAACGAUGAAUUAAACCGUCAAAUAGAAGAACUAAAACAUGAGAGAACGGAAAUACUCAAAGAAACUGCUGAAAUAUCAAAACCGUUAAAUAUAGAAGACGUUGUAGAUGCAUCAAUAGCAGAAACAUUGCACCAUGACGAAAAGUCUUCAGGUGAUAAAGGUAAUAAUAAAACAAAGUCAGUUAAACAAUUAACAAAGGAAAUACUUAAACUUAAAAAUACCAUAAAAGAAAGAGAAGAUGAGAUUGCUGACUGUCAAAUGAAGAUUUUGUCAUUAGAAGAACAGCAAGAAAAACAGAAAGAGCAAAACAAUGCGCCAUUUGAAAAAAUGUUAAAGAAGCUGACUGACGAGAACAACCAAUUAAAAAGUGAUAUCGAUAUCUUAAAUAAAGAUAAAGAUAAUAAAGUAGAACAAAAUAAUCAUCUGGUUCAAGCACAUGAAAUGCUCCAAAUUGAGAUUCAAAAAAUGCACCAAGAAUAUGCAACUGCGUUAAACGCGCGAGAUUCGAGAAUACAUGAAUUAGAGAAUUUAUUAUUAGAAUAUGAAAAGCAAGUAUUUAACUAUUCUAAUACUUUACAGCAGAAAGAUAAAGAAAUGUCAGAGUACAUAAAUCAAAUAACUAAAUUAAAUGAUGUCUCACAAAAACUUAAAUCUACAAUAGAUUUAUUAGAAGAAGAAAAAGCGAAAGAUCAAAAUGCUGAAUUAAUUAAAUCACUAAAUAAACAAAUAGGAUUAUAUCAGAAGUCUCUAGCAGACUAUGAAGAUAAAUUAAGGACCCUUGAGGAUGACAAAGCGCAGUUAGCUUCUUUUAAAUCACAACAAGAAAACCAAAUCAAUGGAUAUGAACAAGAAAUUAAAACGUUACAGGAUUCAUUAGCGGAAAAGCAAACCCUCAUAAAAGAAAUGCAGAUUCAACAACAAAAACAAGCUGAAGAGUUGUCAAAUGUAUUACAGCAAUCGAAAGAGCGCGAUGAAGAAAUACAUGAAAUAAAAUUACAACUUAGAAAAGAAUCUAUAGAUAAUGAGAAACUACAUAACAUUGUAGUACAAAAAAGCAGUGAACUAAGUGAACUAAAAAAGCUUCAUGAGGAUGCUAAAGAAAAACUGAAUUCUAUAUCCACCAAUACCAGUAUUCAAAGUGAACAAUGUUCAGUGUUGGAGAUUAAAAACAAAGAAUUGACAGAGAAAUUAAAGAAAUUUGCUAUUAGCAUUAAGAAAAAAUCAGCAAUGUACUCUGAAUUAGAACAACAACUUCAUGAAGUUCAAAAACAACUGGAAAUUAAAAAUGAUCAGUACGAGCAGCUUGCCAUACAAGUGGAAACUAUUCCUGCUUUACACGAAAAACUAAAACAUGCAGAGGAAGAAAUUAACCGAUUACAUUCUCUGAAAAUAGUACUUGACCAAAAAUCUCAAGAAAUCUUACAAUUGCAAUCAGACAUCGAAUAUUUACGAAAAAAUAGCGCCAAUGAUGAAGAAAAAUAUUCUAAAUUAAAUUAUACACUACAGUUAGUUAACAAAGAUCUGUAUAUAGCACGCGAUGAAAAUGAGGGUCUUCAAUCACAAGUUGAAAGUUUAAGCAACAAAAUAGUAGAAUAUGAAAUUGAACAAAAAAAUAAUGCUAAUCUUUUAACAAAAAUAUCUUGUUUAGAAGGAGACGUAAACCAAAAACAAGAAAAAAUAAAUGAAUUAUCUAACCAGAUUGACGUGCAGGGUGAAAAAUUGAGUCAAUUGCAAUUUGGUCACGAUGCUAAGCUUCAGGAACGAGACGUAUAUAUUGAAAGCUUACAAUCUGAAAUCGAUAAAUAUAGAAAUAGAAUAGAUCGUCUCGAAGAUAGCAUUUCUACAAUGGAAAAUAGACGGCAAACUUUAGAACGUAAAGCAGAUAAAUUAGAUUCCCAACUACAUGAGAAACAAAGUGCUUAUACUGAAUACACAAUCCAAGAAGAUGAAUUAGUAAAUAGACUAGCUUUACUAAUUGACAAUGAUAGGGUAGUUGAAAAACAAUUGCAUGUAAUAGAAAAUGAAAAUAAAGAACUACAUUUGAAAAUCCAUCAAUUUAAUGAAGAACUUCAAUAUUUGCAGAAGUCUAACUUUGAACUGCAACACAAAUGUAGUCUAUUGGAAUUACGUGCAAAAGAAGCUGAAACAAACGAUUCCAAAAUAUUGACGUAUGAAAGUCAAAUUCGAGAAUUAGAUGCGACUGUUAAACGAGUAUCCAAUGAGCAUAGCACUUUAUUAAUACAAAAACAGAGAGAAAUCGAGGAUUUAGAAGCUGAAUUUAAUAACCAAAUUGAAAAUGCUAUUAAAGAAAAGAAAAUAUUAAAUGAAAAGUAUGAAAAGAUUACUGAAUAUGUGUCGCAGCUAGAAAACCAAUUACAAGAAUAUAGGGUUACUGCAGAUAACCUUAAUGCUAACUUAGAAGAACUAACUUCACAAAAUGAAAUGUUAACUGAGAAGUUAACUAGUAAUGACAAGAGUUCUUUACCAGACUAUACUGAACAAUACAUUAAUGAAAUUAAUAAUCUUAAUUCUAUAUUAAACAGUAAAAAUCAAGAAAUAUCAGAUCUUUGCAGUAACAUUCAUUCAAUGCAAGCGAAAAAUUUAGCAGAUAUAUCGACAUUAGAUAGUAAAAAUAGAGAGUUAACUGCACAAAUCGAGACAUCAUUCUCACAAAUAAAUAAUUUAGCUAAGGAAAUUGAUUCUUUGAAACAAAAUAAUGAUCACUUACAAUUGCUAAUAACUCAAAAAGACGAACAAAUAAAACAGCUCAUGGAAAAGAAAAAAGUAGUUUUUGAAAUGAAUAUACCAAAAACAGAAGGAUUGACUAUUUCAUCUACAAUAGAAUCAAUGGAUGAUGAAAAAGAUUUAGAUAUAACUUCUCUUCAUUCACAAAUAAUUUCUGAUGGCGACUCAUUGCCGAUUGAAACAGAACACAUAGUUAAAACAGUCACUGAGAAAACACAAAAACAAUCUUCAGAUUCACCAUCCGUAGGCUUAAUAGAACCGAUGAUUGUGCCCAAAAAGACCUAUUUGUGUUACAAAGAGCAAGGUGAUGAUACGAAAGAAUCUGAUCCCUUUAAUUCGGAAGAAGGUUGGGGUCUCGGAUCAAACGAAGAAAUGGACGAUGUAACACCAGGAUUUUCUCAUUUAAAUCGGGAAAUAGAACAAUUAAAUGAUGCAAAUAAAAAACUUCAAAUAGAAUUAAGUACAGCAAAUGCAAAAUUGUUAAAAGCAUUAAAGAAAUUACGGGAAUUAAAAGUUACUAACGAAAUGCUAGCAAAUGAAUUAAAAUUAUCUAAGCAAAUUUCCCAAUCUUCUAUGUUAGAUAUGGCUAUUGAAAGUGAACUAUCAAGUAACCUCGACAUUUUAGAGAAAAAAGUGCAAGACCUACAGACGGAAUUGAAUAAAGAAAGAAAAGACAAAGAAACUGUCAAGAAACAAAAUGACAUUUUUAAAAAUGCAAAUGAUAGAUUAUUGGAAAUGAAAGAAAAAUUAGAAAAUGAACUGGAGUUAUGGAAAUUCAAUUAUAAGCAAGCUACUGACAAAAUUACUUCACUGCAAUGGGGUAGUGAUUCUAAAGAUAGCCCAGACAAUAGCCUUAAAACGCCGUCGACAACUCAACAAUCUGAUGAAUCUGUAUUAAACAAAAAACUGCAGAAAGCAGAAGAAGAAAAUGAUGAAUUACAAACGGCCCUUGAUAGUGUGAAUGUUCAGAAUAAGAAUUUAUCUAUACAAAAUGAUAAUUUAAAAGAAGAAAUAAACAACCUUAAACUACAACUGCAACAGUAUCUUUUGAAAUGUGAGAACUGUGAUAAUGUAAACGAUAAAAACAAUGAAUUAAAAUCAUGUCUAGAUAAAUUGAAAGAUGAAAUCAGUAAUCUUAAAGAAAAUUUAGAACAGCGAAGUAUAGUUUGUGAAAAGUUAACGAAUCAGUUAGAUGAAUUGCAAAAUAUGUAUGCAACAUUACAACAAAACCACACAAUAUUGGCGAAUAAUUUGCGCCUCUCAGAAACGUAUUGCGAGGAGCUCAUGGAGAAAAACAAGCUUUUACUAGACAAUAUAGACGAAAAAGAAAACUUGUGGCAAAAUGUAAAAAAAGAACUAUUAGAUAAUAACUUAGCGCUUGAGCAGAAAAUACAGUCCUUAGAGGUACUGGAAAGUGAAGCUAAUACAAAAAUAUCUUCAUUAAAUUACGAGUUAGAUAACGUUAAAUCAAAACUUCUUGAAGAUGAAGAAAAACACGCCGAAGCAAAUUCUAAGGUGGUAAUUUUAACAGAUGAAUUAGAAGAACUGAAAACAAAAUUAACUAUGUCAGUAAAUGAAGAAAAUGUUAACCAAGUACAAGAUUUCAAUGCUAUUGCUUUAUCAGAAAAAUGUAGUGCCAUGGAAGAGUAUUGCUUGAGCUUAAAAAAUAAAUUGGAUGACUCUGAAAAACAAAUUGAAAAACUUGAUUUAAAAAAUAAAGAUCUAGUAGACAGUGUAAGUGCUUACGAAAGUCAAAUACUCGAGCUAAACAAGAAAGUGGAAAAUUUAAAUACUGAAAAUGACCAACUUUUAUCAAGCGUUGCUGAACUUCGUUCGUCAGUGGCUAGUGCUAUGGAUCAACGCGGAUUUGAAAUUGCAGAGUUGUGGAAGCAACACUUAGCGCAGAGGGAAAGUGAAUUCCAAAAAACUGAACAAGAAUUGAGAGUUCAACUGAAUGCUUCACAAUGCAAAUAUGAACAACUUCUAGAAAAUGUUCAGUCCUCGACUGAAGAAGAAACUAAUAAAAUUAUUACAGCAGAACAUAUAAGUUCUUUACAAAAGAAAUUAGAGGAAAAGGAAGAACACAUUAUAAAUCUCCGAGAAAAAUAUGCAGAUAUCAUAAAUCAACUUGAUUUACUUCGUUCUGAAAUGGAGGAUGAAAAAGUAAUCCAAGAAAAUAAAAUAUUUGUUCACCAAGAAGAAUAUGAUAAAAUUAUACAAGAAUUAAAAACACAGAAUCAAAAUCAAUGCCACCAAUAUGAAAAUACUAUUAAAAACCUUCAAAUCGAAUUAGACGCUACGAAAACUGUAAAUGAUAAUUUGAAUCAGCAAACAGAUGACUUACGUAACAGUCACGAUGCUAAAAUAUCGGAAUUAAAUAGGCAAAUCCAAGUAAAAGAAAGUGAAAUAUUCCAGAAAACACACGAUUUUACAAUUGCACUAACGCAACGAAGCGAAGAAUUUGAAAGUGUGAGAAAACAGUUAAUAGAUUACGAAAAAAAAGUAGAAGACUUGACUUACGAAAAAGAAUCCGAGCUGGCAAUAUUAAGGUUAAAAAUGCAUGAACGGGCGGGCAGUUCUGACAAACUAAAAAAAGAAUUGGAAAAUGAGAACAAUAACUUGACAGAGUCUUUAAAGGAGAAAAUUAUUGAAUGCACGAAUUUGAAUAAGCAAAUAUUUGAUUUAAAUAAGGUAUUAGAGGAAUACAACAACAGAGCUACUGAGACACAAGCAGUUUUAGAAAGCCAAGAAAUAGAAAUAGUCACGCUUAAAGAUGAAAUAUCUAGUUUGAAAGAUGCCUUAAGAGCGACGACUAGUAAGACAGAAAAAUAUGUGACUUUUGCCCCAGAUACGAAACCGGGUGCGGAAUCUGAAAGUUUGGAAAAAUCUUUAGAUAAAGAGCUUUUAGAUGCUGUUCCCAGAGCAGAACUAGACUUGGCUCUUUAUAUGCUGCAUCAAAGGGACGUACGGUGUGAGGAGUUAACAAUGGAGUUGACGCAGCUUUUAGAAGAACGAGAUACCCUCCAGUUACGACUCUCUGACAGUUUGCGGACAAAUGAAGAGUUAAAAUUACGCUGUGCCUCAUCCGGAUUGGAUAUGUCUGUCACCUCGAAUUAUGAAGCAGUUGCUGAAUUGCCAAGCUUCAGCGUUGAAAGGGAAAGUCAGUUUGUAGACACGCAUCGAGGACAAACUUCCCGAAGUAGCAGCGUCAGUGAUCCAGAAGAGAAGCCUAAGUUACAGGCCAAGCUGACCGAGUUGCGCAGUGUGAAGCACAGCCGCGACGUGCGCCUGCGCCACGAGAGCGAGCAGCGCCAGCUCGGCAUGCGACUGCUGCAGCGGGACGUCGCCAACCUGCCGCCCGAAGCUGUCGAGCAGCUCACACAAGCGCACCACACGCUUUCUCGCGAUACCCAAAGCACUCCAACAGUUCUCCUGAACUGGCUUCGUGGGAAGAGCACGCCAAAAGUAGUGCACAUGUGAAACGCAGUUGCCUCGCUACUAUAGCCGCGGUGCGUUUGGCUCCAGACAGUAGUGCAUUUACCACUCGCGCCAUGGACGUAGCCAGGAUUGUACCGGGGCAGCUAUAAUUAAAUUGAGUAUCUGUCAUUACUAAUUGAUACUGUCCGACCAAACCAUAGUUUAUCCGGCCGUAACCGGAAACGAUUAUUUCCUAAGUAACCUACCCCCCCUGCCCCUGCUACCUCGCUACGCCCAUGACUCACGUCACCACGGCACUUUGCAUAAAUGGACAAUGUUUGGGCAACAUUACAUUGUUACUAUUUGUGCCCACCGCACCACGUUGCCUUCGAACGUCGAGUACAUCACGCCAGUUUCUAUAUAGUGUAUAAUAUGUAUAACUAUAGCUUGGCAAGCUCGAUGAUGACACUCCCAUGAUAUGCGGGCGACGGGGGGAAAAGACUGCGCGGGUGUGAAGUCGUGCGCAUGGCAUCUCUACCUCUUAACGGCCCGCUCGAACCAUUGGGAGUGUUACGAACGAAUUUGCCAAGCUAUAACAAAUUGUUAAAACGUAGGCGUAAGAUAUCUACAAAUGUAAAUAAACGUCACAUCUUUAAUUCCGUUAACACGUAGUGGCGCUUAGGGAUGAAAUAAAUCAACACUUCAAACUUCCAAGACAAGGUCUGAAAUUCCGAUUGAAGUUCAGAUACCACCACAAUAGAAUAAGUUAUGUAGGACAUUAUUUAAACGAUAUGCAGUCAUUGACCUCUUAUAAUAAAUGGACGCACAAUCAUGUAGAAAAUUUCACUUAAAAACUGGCCGAUUUUGCUUUGACAGUUUUAGAAUUAUUGGUAAAGAAAAUUAUACCUAAAGGCCUUUAUAUUCAAUAAAAUCUCAAAUACAGAGCAAAAUCAACCUUAAACAUUGAGUUUAAGGUUGAAUUUGCAAAUGCGAUUACUUGAAUCGAGUGCCAAGAAGUUGUGUUUCAUUGAGUGGGGACGUUUUUUGGUCGCUGAUUGUGCAUCCACUUUUUUUUUAAUCAAUGUUGGUAGUAAAUGCUUUCAC